GGCCCGUGGCCAAGUGGUUCCACGGCACUUGUGCACCAGUGAAGUGGAUCUGGUGGCGCGUGGUGGAGCUCAUGUUCCGCGGGCAAUUCCAGUUGCCGUCCGAGAUGGUGCCACCCGACAGCAUCGACAUCGACCUCUUCAGCGGCGGCCAGAUCUUGAACUAUGAGUUCCGCGACAUGGUGCAGGAGGGGAAGAUCAAGGUGAUCCAGGGGGCCAUCGACUCCUUCACACCUGAGGGUGUGGUGUUGACCAAUGGCACUCAGCUGCACUCCGACCUGGUGAUCUAUGGCACCGGCUUUGCCAAGAACUACGAUAUCUUCGACAAGGUCCUGCAGGAGAAGCUGAACAUUCAGAAGGAUGGCUUGUUCCUCUACCGGAACAUGCUUCCCCCGCGCCUGCCGGAUUUGGCAUUUGUGGGCUGCGAGGUGAGUACCUCCAACAACAUCCUCACUCAUGGUGGGGGUGCCAAGUAG